UGUUUUUUUUGGGUGCAUAUGCAUGUGCAUGCAGGCUUCUGGGUGUGUGUUCUCUCUCUCCUUCUCCUCUCUUACUGCCUUUGUCUGUACUGCAGGGAAGCUUUGCAGACGGAGCUGCGAAUCAACAGGUACACUCCACUGAUCAACAGGUGCUGGUCCAAUCAUGGUCCCCAGACUCAACAUGGUGCUGAUGCUGCUACUAGCCGUCACCACGGUAACGGUUCUAGCCCAGAGGCGGCGCACGCCUUCGACGUCAACCGCCACUACGGACGACUGGAACUUCAGGGAUGGCUCUGAAAAGGUGAACAUGCGCGGCGUGGCUAACCUGACUCAGAUCCUGGACAACUGGAGGUUCGACAUCCUGAGCCAGAUGAGAGGACUCCUGCAGAAUGACCACCAGUCUCUGCUGCCUGACUACGCCAGGAUCCAGCCGUUGUCUGAGGCUUUAGACGACCUCUACAAGGAGUUCAAUGCCCUCAAAGCUCACCUAGGUGACCUGACCGAGAAGUUCAGCGCCAUCGAAACCUUCAUCGACGAGGUCAAGGCGGGCCGCAACACCAACGCUGACGCAGGCCCCGCCCCCAGUGGGGGCAUUGUUCCUGUGGUCAGGCAGGGUGGGAGGAGGGUGCUAAAGAAAAAGCCCACGACUGCCUAAACAGCCAAAAUGGUGUUUGUUUCUUCUUCUCAGGCAGUCUUAUUCACUGUCGUAAUCUUCCUUUAUUUUCAUAUCACCUUUUAUACAAAUAUUGUACCAACCAUAUUUAGUUGAACUUUUCAUGUUGCCGUGGGCCCAAAACAUUUUGUUGAUAUAUUGUGAACAUAUAUUUAGUCCUUCCAUUAAAUAGGAAAAAAAUCAUCGUAAUUGUGUGAAUGAAAUUGACAUUUAGGUUGCAUUUUGGAUGCAUUGCAUUGUUGGAUUAUGAAAACAAAACUGUCCACGUCAUCAUGACAUUAUAGAUUCUUUAGGGGAACUAUACAGUAAAUAAUUGUCGAACUCAAACCAUUCAAAUAAAGUAGCACUGUGUAGUUACAACAUGGGCGUGAUUUGAAAAGCGGAUACUGUUUUCAGUUUCCUCACGAGAUAAUAUCCUCUUUAAUAAAACUCAACAAACAUUUUGAGGGAUUCGAUCCGAGAGAUUUCCUGUUUGUUUUAAGUGCCUGGUUUGUUGUGUUUAAUCUUGAUCUUUGUCGGACAAACAAGCUUGUUGGUUUGGCUUUGCUGAUGCAUUAUAUGAGCUCUGAAAUAAACUCACUUAUAGCAUUCA